CACCUGGUCCACCUGGUAAACAAGGUAUACAAGGACCAGGUGGUCCACCAGGUUUGACCGGUCCACCAGGUCGUGAUGGUUAUUCAAAUGUAAAAUCUGCGUUUUUCGUUGCAUUAAACAAUACAUUUUCCUUACAAACAGAUUCAUCGAUAGUUGUUUGGGAUGAUAUAAUAUUAAAUAAAAAUUAUAAUCUUAAUAAAACAACGGGUAUUUAUUAUGCACCAAUAAGUGGUUUAUAUGAAUUUAGUUUAACUGUUUGUGUUCCAGCAAAUCAAAUUGCAUCUGUAUCUUUAUGUAAAAAUACAGAAAAUGUUGUACCAUUAUGGGUUGAAGGAUAUUUAACAGCUGUUAAAAAUCAGAAAGUACCUGUUUGGAAUACAGCAUCAACCACCGUUAUUUUAUCUUUAAAUAGAGGUGAUCGAAUAUAUAUUCGUGCUCAAUCACGUGAAGAUGGAGAUUAUAAUUUUAAAACAUCAUUAUAUGGUUGGCGUUAUACAACAUUCGGUGGAUUUUUAAUUCAUGAGGAUAAUUAG